UUCAAAACUGUUCAAAAUAGAGCGGCUUCUCUGGGCUUUUCUUGGCACGCGUUGCAACAAGUUGAGACGUUUUUCGUAUUUACUGUUCAAAUAGAAAUUUAAAUAAACUAAUACCAUGGCUGCAACUAUGCCAAUUAAUCCAAAACCAUUUUUAAAUGGUUUAACAGGUAAACCUGUAAUGGUAAAACUAAAAUGGGGCCACGAAUACAAAGGCUACUUGGUAUCAGUCGAUGGAUACAUGAAUUUACAAUUAGCCAACACUGAGGAACACAUAGAUGGAAAUUGUACUGGCAAUCUUGGUGAAGUUUUAAUUAGAUGUAAUAAUGUUAUGUAUAUACGAGGUGUAGAAGAAGAAGAUGAAGAAGGAGAAAUGAAAGAUUAAUCUACAUUUAUAUUACAAUUCAAUUUAGGCUAAUAUAUUUUAUUCUUAAGUAAGAUAAAGUGAGAAUGGAAUAAAAGUACAAUGCUUUUUUUAAACAUA